AUGGCGAAAAAGAAGACCACGCCAACAAAGUCGAGGAAGCGCCAAGCAUCAAACGCUGACGAGCAGCCAGUCAAACGCAGCCGACGCAGGCAGAACGACGACAACGACGACAAGCAAGAAGAUUCCGACCAGUGGGCCGACGAGGAGCAGACCACAAAGACCAAAGGAAGGGCAGGAAAGGGGGAAAGCGAGGGCGGGCGAAGGCACCUGCCCAAAGCCGACGACUCGACCCCUGCUCAGCCCAUGCUCACUUCCGCUACCCAACGCCACCAGGCUGCCAAACCACGUGGUGGCCCCAAUGAAACCAAUGAUGACAACCACCCCCUCCAAGAUACAAACAGCGAUGACAUGAACGGACCCAACAAAGACGAAGAACCAAACAAAGACCAAGAAACCGAAGACACCCAGCAUGACAACGACAACAACAACAACCAGCACGACGAACAGGACGACGAACGGCACGACGAACAACACGACGAACGGCAUGACAACACCGGGAGUGCCACCUGUCCACACACCAAGCGUGCCCAUGUCAGCACCAACACCCCCAGCACCAAUGCUGCCACGCGUCAGCGGGCCACGCCCACCAACGCCAGUACCAACACCCCCAGCACCAACACCGCCACACGUCAGCGCGAUGUGCGCGCCAACAUAAUCAACACAACCCCACACCAGCGUGUCGCGCCUGCCAACGUCAACACCAGCACCAUCAGCACCAAUGUGGCCACACGUCAGCAUGCCGCGUCCACCACGUGCAUGGUCAUGGGGAAGCCCAACACUAACGUAGAUAGCCAACGUAAUGCAGAUAAGAACAACACAGAUACAGUUAUGGCUAGUCCACCAAAAGGGACAAUUCCUGCAUAUGGCUCAUCACGUUCGACUGGUGGAAUCUUCCGGGGAAAAGCUCUGGGCAAUUCCAUUAACAUCGGUGAUGCUGUUGAAGUCUGGGAGGAGAUGGAUGUUUUUAGAGAGGGUCUAGCUCAGAAACCAGUCAAGGGAAAGAUUCACUUCUACAUCUCAAACCUCAAUCCACCCGAUAUUGACAUCACCAAGUCCUCUUUUAUUGCCAAUGUCUCUGAUAUCAGCAAGUGUGAAACCAUUCAAGAUGUUAUUGGUUGUGGAUCCCGAGACUAUUCACCUAUUCGACAACCUGCCUAUCGCCUCUUCAAAUAUGAAGAAGAGGGCUGGAGUGUCCAAGGACACUAUGAAUCAAUCAUGAAGCGCAAACCAACAGAUGAAGACUAUGUAGAGUGGUUGGAUGAUGAGCAGAACAGAAAGAUUAUUCGUAUUUUGGGUACUACAUUUGAUCCUAGUCUCUCAGUAUCUUUGCCUGGAUUUACAGGCCAUCUUGGUUCUAGCAUUGGGUCUCGUUCUGUAUCUGCACACUCUGGCUCUCGUGCAGGCUGUCGUAUUACAUCUGCUGGUCAUUCUUCAUCCACUGUCGAACAAGGUUCAUCUCUAGGUCACUGGUUCAUUGGAAAAGACAAACUGUCUCCAGCAUUGAGAAACCGUCUUGUUGAAGAGCUUAAUCUCAAUGCUAAUUAUACAAAUUGUUCAGCUACAGGCCUGUGCUUUGCCUGGGGACGAUAUUUAGAAUGUACUGCAGCUCUUGCACGGGCCAAAGAAAUGGUAGCAGUUGGAAGUUGGCCAUCUGACAUUCCUGCUUUUACGGAAUGGAUGGUAAUUGAAGUCUUCAUUGGGAGGUCAACUUGGUAUGCCAACUAUGUUCCAGCCUUUGGAGCAAUUGCAGACGAAGAAACAGCCUUUCCUGAAAUGAGGGACUGGUUGGAUAGUCCACCAGAUCAAGUCCUUCGAUCUGAUACUGAGCAUCUUUGGGGUAUUCGGGAUCAGCUGUCUUUUACUAUGGAGGAAAUAAAGAAGUGGCAGGACAACGGUGGAACUUUGGACAAAAAUUAUAGUCCAACUCCUAGUCCAGAACUAGAUGGCUCAUCAAAAGGAAAGGGCAAGGGAAAGGUUAAGGCUCAGUCAAAGUCUCACAAGAAAUUGAAAUUUGUAGUGUCUCUUGGCUCUCUUGGUUUCACCAUCAUAUGCACUUUAUUCUCUCUUUUGAAAGGCUUUACUUCCACUGUGACUGCUUUCUCAUUUAUGACAAUUGUAGUGUCUCUUGGCUCUUUUGGUUUCACCAUCAUAUGCACUUUAUUCUCUCUUUUGAAAGGCUUUACUUCCACUGUAACUGCUUUCUCGUUUAUGACAAGGCUAUGCAUUAUUCUUGCCUUUGUGCCUUUGGUCUCUGCAGCUCCCAAAACACAGCCAUUUCCCAAUCUGCCAUUCAAAGUUUUCAGUGGAUUUGUAGAACAAACAUUUGGUCCAAAUAUAUCAUUGGCUACAGUGCUUCUUCUCUUAUUUACAAUGACUGAAAAUCCUGAAUUGCUCAGUCUACAUGCCCGCCAACAGCAUCCAGCUGAGGGUGAAAAUAAAACUGUAGCUUCUGGAUGGAUUCGUUCUUUGUCACGUGCUAUAAUGCACCGAUUGAAGGAUGAUAUUAAAACAGUGCUUCGUCCUGGAGAAUAUCGGCCAAAGCAAAAUCACCAAGUCACAAAAUUGUCUAUCAAACUUGAUGCAUUUGCAAACUUAUUGAAUCUUACCCCAUAUGACCAUUGGGGAAAGUUCAAAGAGAGACUGCAGCCAGUUUCCUAUAUUGCAAUUCGAGCAGUUCAUGCUAUUUGUCCUGAUAGCAUUACUUGUGUUGAUCAAUGGUGUGCUUCUAGAGCUCUUUUGCAAACAACCAGACCAAGAGAUGUCCCAUUGGUUACCUUAAUCAAAGACAAUAUUCCUUAUGAGGAUGUUCCUGUUCUAACAGGCAAAUGCAUGCAAUGUGGUGCUAUCUAUUAUGCAGAUCAUGAGCGCUUUAAAGAUAACUAUGGUUCUUGGACCAAGUGCUAUCUAAAUUCUGCACGAUUCCUAAAGAUAGGACAGUCUACUUGGGUUGACAGAAAUUUUACACACUCUGUUCUUAGUGGAGUGUAUAAUUUCCAUGCAUCAGCCUCUGCAUAUACACAGCAUUGGAAUGAUUGUGCUUCAGUUACUGACUCCAAGGUCCAAGUUACCCGGCGUCAUAUUUGGCAGGCUUUUGUUCAGGAAUCAAUCAGAACAAUUGCAAGUGUGAAUAGCAACAAUUUGGAGUUGCCUGACAACUUGAACAUUGAAGAAGUUGAGCUCUUUACACUCCCCCACCUAUUCCUACUGGACUCCUACUGGAAUCCCGGACUCCUACUGGAUUCUACUAGGACUCCAGCCAAUUUCAUAUCGCCUAAACACCAUACAAAUUUUGCAUCUCAGUCCUACUGGAGUCCUAGUAGAUUCCUACUGGAAUGA